AUGAAGACCACGGAGUUCGACAACGGCGAGUUCUGGCUGCUCCCGAAAUCGGACACUGGCAUCAUUAUUUCUGCCGUGAUAUUGCUUACCUUGUUCGGCACCGGGUACACGGCGUUGGCAGUGACGAUGACUGCAGCGCUAGACCUCCCGAAGCUUAUUUUCCAGUCCAUGACGAUGUAUACGUAUCUCCGAAAGGGGUUUCCAACUCCCAUCAUUUACUACUAUUCGGUGUUAUUGCUUUGCAACUGGCUUGUCACCAGCUACCGAAGCCAGCACUACGUCGUGGAUCCAAAUCUGAUCAUUACUCGGCUCUACUACACUUUUGACCUUUUCUUCGCAGUGUUCGCGCCCCUUGUAGUUCUGAUCUACUACAUCUACACUUUCAAGUUUGAUCGCGAAGAGUUUCUAACAAGGACCGAAACCCUCAGCCCCGGUAUAUUUGACGUCGUGGCUCGCAUUUUUGCAGAGCCGUCGCAGAUCUCCCGUUUCUGCAGUGCGUUCCACUACCUGCAGUUCUCGUCGGGCACCUCACUGUUCUACAAGUCUGCACUCAACCUCUUAUCGCUCUACAAGUGGCGGAAAAUCGUGCUGACUCUCAUCCACAACCACCAGGAGAGACAACUCGAGCGGAAACGCCGGGCGUUGGUUGAACCAACCAAACCGAAAUUAUCCCGCCCUGGGAUCAUUAAAGCUGUCAUCACCCGGACACUCUCGUCAACGCCGAAGAUGGGGAAGCACGCCGCUCCGAAGCUCUUCCUCUCGUUUGUUUUCUUCGCUGCUGGAGUGCACAACUUUGUGUACUCGAUCGGAUCCGUGCAGUCCACAACAGCGCUAUGCAGCAAGUAUGACCAGUGCGCUCUCUAUAGUUACUAUUGGAACUUCGGUGAAAAAGAUUGCACAUGCCUGGUAUUUGCCGACCGGGUGACUUCGCCGGCGACAUUCGCGGAGUGGACCGACCCCAAGGAUAUCACGUCUCACCUUGCAGAGCUGGCAAUGGCAGGAGAGCUACGCAUUAUUCAGAUCAUUAAUCGAGCGGUACCAGAGCUACCGGAAGAACUCAGGCGAUGCCAUAAAAUGGAGCAGCUCAUUCUAGCGUACACCAAGACGCUUCAUAUCCCAGAAUGGGUCUCGGAAUUUUCCAGUCUGGAAUAUUUUCAUAUCGAAGGCGACUUUACGAGUAGACGGCUUUUAUCCAUUGCAGACGGAGUGUUCGAUGAAAUGGACCACCUCGCGUUCUUGCACGUGGGAACGUUACCGGACGUGGUUGCACUCCCAUCGCUAUCGUCUCUACACAAGCUACGCUACUUGACGCUGGCGGUUCUCGACUCCCUCACAGAGCUCCCUAGUUUUGAGGGGCUUACUUCACUCAGCGACCUGAACAUCAUCAACCUCCCAAGUGUGCAGGUUUUACCGUCCUUGGCUCCCUUGAGCAGCAUCAAAAAUAUCGUGAUUCGGGCCAGAAGCGCAGUAUGCUGCAAUGGGUUCAUUACUGGCUCAUGCAAUAUGACGGAGUCCCAGUGUUUGCCGAUCGUCGGUGAGCAUCACCCACUCUCGUGCACAGACGCACGCAUUUCGGCUGAGGAUAAAGCUGAGCUUGCAUUGUUCAGCCGUACUAUCUGUCCCGCUUCAAUCCCGAUCGAUCGAGAAUCGACAGCGCCAAGCAAGUACUCGACGGAUGAACUCUGUGGAGGCGUCAAGUACAAACAGUGCACGUUGAAUGGAUAUGAGGGCAUAUGCUACAACACGCGUAUGAUGGUCAUCAACUGCGAGACUACAGCGAGCUAUAUCGCUAUGCGCAAGCUCCAGAUCCAGCGUGGAGUCGGAGAAGCCUGUGAUCCGGACGUAGAAGCCUGGCUAGGCUGUACCAGCCCUUGA